AUGGUGCCCGUCAGACUGCAGGCAGCCUGGGACUAUGGGGGUGCUGACUCGACGGCGGCGGACCUCAACCAUCUUCAGAGCUCCCCAGAUACCUCCGACGACGCCAGCCACACUUGCACCUCAGGAACACUGAGAGUGGUCCUCGACAACCAUUCCCUGUGGCUCCAGUUUUACCGAGAGCAGACGGAAAUGAUUAUUAACAAGCGAAUGUUCCCUUUACUGGUUUACAGAAUUCAUGGGAUGAAUCCCGUUGCUCGUUACCGGAUGAUCUCUCUCCACAAAUAUCAACUGAGGCUUUGUAUUGAAGAAGUGAAUGAUGGAGAACAUGAAACAUCAGCUCCUUCCUUCACCCAUAACUUCACAUUUCCAGAAACAGAGUUCAUUACUGUAACUGCAUAUCAAAAUAUUAAGGUCUCCCAACUCAAAAUUAAGCACAAUCCUUUUGUUAAAGCCUUUAGAGAAAAGUACUACUUUGGAAAAAGUGUGAAUCAGUAUCUUACAUCAGAAGGAUCCACUGCCAGGACCACAAACCCACCUAAAACUGAUUCUGAUGACUCUUCAAUGGAACUAGAAGAGGGUUCUUCUCAAGAUAACAGCCCACUGAGUCCUGGGCUUUUGGCUCAGUCUGCUCAGCCACUCCCAAGCUAUGCUCAUGACUCCUCUCCCAGCAGUAGUAAUGUCAUACCUUUGAGUAUGAACACCAUGGAGCAUGGCUUUCCACCCUCCACUUCUCCACCUACCAUCCAACACAACCUCCACCAAGACCUUAUGGUCCCUCAAGAAAACUGGCCCCUAUCUUCUUCAUCUAAUUCCACCAGCAACAGUGGAAAUGGUCUCCAUUCUAUACCCACAAGGCCCAUGGACACUAUCACUAGGACUGAAGAAGAGGAGCAACUUGAACAAGAAUUCUGGGUCCAUGCCAUGCCCUCAUAUUCUAAUAAUUCUGGACAGAGUGAAGAAGGCUCAAAGAAGAGAGGGUUCUCUCCUGAUGAUUCAGAGGAUGAAAUGUGCUCAAGAGGGAAACGCAGAAAACAACAUGCUGGGUGUCUGACAUCUUUAGAAUUCUCUACUCCUGGGAUCUCCACUGAAAAUGUAUCUAGUGUUUCCAUAGCAGGCCUAGGAGAAGGUGCUUGUCAAGUUAUGGAUGAGAUGCCUGUGACUUCUAGGGUCCUUCCCCAAAUCUCUAGGGAGCCCAUGGACUUUGCCUCUGGUGCCAUUCAUGGCAGCAACAAUCUCCAGCCCUUAGCUACAGAUGGCAUGAAUCCCUCCAAUUGUCCACCAGCCAGACCUUUUGACUCCAGACAGGAUGUUGUGGACCCUACAGGGCACUGGUUCAGUUUCUCUUCAGCUAACUCCAACAUGAACUAUGGUAGCUGGCUACAAUCAAUACCAGCCAUGGACAUGGCCCCUUUCAUGGGGACCCAAGAAGAGAUGGAUCGUGAAAGGAAUCUACUGGCCUAUCUCUCUACAUUGCAAUCUCUUGACCCAGGAUGGGCUGAAGAAAUUGCUAAAUGGAGAAAUCUACCCCAAUGAUUGAAGAAAGAAUGACUCCUGGCUGGAUCCUUCUCGAUUUUUUUCCUCAUUUUCUGAUCUCUCUUUUUCUGUGGGGAGGGAAGUAAGUAAGUAGAUUAUUCAUUAGAAUAACUAACUAUUUAAAAUAAUUUCAAAAUUAAGUUCAAAAAGACUAAAAAUU